AUGAUUCAGAUCGACGUUUCUGAAUUAGCCGGCAUCGUUUGUGAGGGUAUCCUCUUCGGCAUCUUUCUGACGUUGAUUUCCGCGGCUUUCUGGAUUCUACUCGAGAAGAGGGGGCGAGGACAACGCAACUUGCCCUUCCUUGUGGCAGCUCUUGUGAUGUUCGGACUGUCCUUUGCUCAAAUCAUCGUCGAUACCGUCAACGUAUUUCGCGCCUUCAUUCCUUUGGAUCGCGCUCAGCGCAUACUCUUCCUCCUGAAUGUCACCGAACCCAUCUUUGCCGCGAAGCAUGCCAUAUACUUUACCAUGAUGCUGGUCGGAGAUGCCAUCGUGAUCUUCCGCGCAUACGUCGUAUGGGACCGUAACUAUUGGGUCAUCAUCGUCCCUGUGCUCUGCUGGAUUGGCUCGGGUGUGUCCGCCUAUCAGACUAUAUGGGCUGUCCGUCACAUUGCCUCUGCAUCCAUCGAGGGUGAGACCAAGUGGGGUCUGGCUGUUUUUGCCUUGAGUCUCUCGGCCAAUGGCAUUGCUACAGGUCUCAUCGCCUGGAGGAUCUGGAAGCAUGCUCGAACCAUGAGCAAGACCGUCCUAUCUUCCGGACCUCAGCUGGGACCCGUGGUCAGGAUUGUGCUCGAGAGCGGGGCUGUCAAUGCUGCCUACCUUCUUGCCUAUCUGAUUGUACUCCAGAGCGGCAGUCACGGGCUCGAAAUCAUGGCUAACAUAUCCACGCCGCUGAUUGGCAUCAUAUACUCGGUGGUCAUCAUCCGUGCCACACGCUCGUCCAGGCCGGCGAACACAUACUCCACUCAUUCCCAACCUUUGUCUUCGACGACUCCUUCAGGGGCCGUCUUUUCCGUCCAGCACUUCGAGUCCAUCACGCGUAACCGUGAGAAGUACGGUGGUCGCAGCGCCGGCAACGCCGCGUGUCGCCGCGUUCGCCAGCACCUUGAGCCCAACCUCUCAUUACCCCGCCUGACCAACACCGUACACGGCUCGUAG